CGGCGGAAGCGGAGCGCUGCGCGUCCGGCGCUGGCCGCGGCCCCUUCCGGCGGGGCGUGUCUAGCCGCGGCACCUCCCGCGCUCUAUGGUCGCCGCCGUUCCCAGUCUCCUCAGCGGCGGCCGGAGCCGGGCGGAGCGCGGCGGCGGCGGCCGCGGGCCUGUCCUGCCCCGUGCUUGCCCUGCCCGCGGCCUUCGCGGCGGCCAUGGAGCUGGAGGUGCCCGAGGAGGCGGAGGGCUCAGCCGUGGCGGGGGCCGGUGCCAUCACCCCGGAGGCUGGUGCUGGGGGACCGGACGCGGCAGGAGGUCUGGCACUGAAGAAGGCAGCUGUCACUGAGGGACCAUCACUGCCAGGACAGCCUGGUCAGGGGAAGAAGAUUGGGCACCGAAGUGUUGAUGCUUCUGGAGAAACCACCUACAAAAAGACCACUUCAUCCACUCUGAAGGGGGCCAUCCAGCUGGGAAUUGGAUAUACUGUUGGCAAUCUAAGCUCCAAGCCAGAGAGAGAUGUCCUGAUGCAGGACUUCUAUGUGGUGGAGAGCAUUUUUUUCCCAAGUGAAGGAAGCAAUCUCACCCCAGCUCACCACUACGCUGACUUCAGGUUCAAGACCUACGCCCCGGUGGCCUUCCGCUACUUCCGAGAGCUAUUUGGGAUUCGUCCAGAUGAUUAUUUGUACUCGCUGUGUAACGAGCCUCUGAUUGAGCUGUCCAACCCCGGGGCCAGCGGCUCCCUCUUCUACGUCACCAGCGACGAUGAAUUCAUCAUCAAAACUGUGAUGCACAAAGAAGCUGAGUUCCUGCAGAAGCUCCUUCCUGGCUACUACAUGAACCUGAACCAGAACCCACGGACACUGCUGCCCAAGUUCUAUGGCCUGUACUGUGUGCAGUCGGGGGGCAAAAACAUCCGCGUGGUGGUGAUGAACAACAUCCUGCCUCGGGUGGUGAAGAUGCACCUGAAGUUUGACCUGAAAGGCUCCACCUACAAACGCAGAGCGUCCAAGAAGGAAAAAGAAAAGUCCAGCCCUACAUACAAGGACCUGGACUUCAUCCAAGACAUGCCCGAGGGCCUGAUGUUGGAUGCAGACACCUUCAGCGCGUUGGUGAAAACGCUGCAACGAGACUGUCUGGUGUUGGAAAGUUUCAAAAUCAUGGACUACAGCCUGCUGCUUGGGGUUCAUAACAUAGACCAGCAGGAACGGGAGCGGCAGUCUGAGGGAGCCCACAGCACGUCGGAUGAGAAGCGUCCCGUGGGGCAGAAGGCUCUUUACUCCACAGCCAUGGAGUCCAUCCAGGGUGGGGCUGCCCGGGGGGAGUCCAUAGACACAGAUGACACGAUGGGAGGAAUCCCAGCAGUGAAUGGCAAAGGAGAGCGUCUGCUGCUGCACGUGGGGAUAAUAGAUAUCCUCCAGUCCUACCGGUUCAUCAAGAAGCUAGAACAUACCUGGAAGGCCCUUGUCCAUGACGGGGACACGGUGUCAGUGCACAGACCCAGCUUCUAUGCAGAGAGGUUCUUCAAAUUCAUGACCAACACAGUGUUCCGAAAGAACUCCUCUCUGAAGUCCUCUCCCUCGAAGAAGGGGCGCAGUGCCUUGCUGGCUGUCAAGACAGCCGGGCCCCUGGCCGCGUUCUCCGCCAGCCAGCUGCCCUCCGAGAAGGACGAGGCUCAGUACGACCUGCGCACCGCCAGGAGCUACCCCACGCUGGAUGACGAAGGUGCCAAAGCUAAGCAGGACAGGGCAGAAGCAGGCAGGCCAGACCUGCUGCCCUGCACCCCUCCGUCCUUUGAAGAAGCUACCACAGCCUCCAUAGCCACCACACUGUCGUCAACAUCUCUCUCUGUUCCUGAGCGAUCUCCCUCGGAGACCUCUGAGCAGCCCAGGUACAGGAGGCGCACACACUCCUCGGGGCAGGAUGGCAGGUCACAUGAGGAGGUGCGGAUUGAAGAGGAGCUUCAGCAGCUCAGUGUUGAGCUGGAGCCCAAAUGUGAUGUCGAGAUUGUAGCUCCUGCAGAAGAUGACAAAGAAGAGGCAGCUUCUUCAGCCUGUGCCAUUGUCACAUCCGCAGCUACAGUAGAGGUGGAGACAGCCAGCCAGGCCUCGGAGCCAGCCAGCCAGGCUUCAGAUGAAGAUGAUGUGCCAGUCACAGACAUAUACUUUCCGACAGAUGAGAGGAGUUGGGUUUACUCCCCGCUCCACUAUAGCGCCCAGCUCCAGUCUGUCUCCGAUGAGGAGAGCGAUACAUAAUCUCUAUGCAGACACAGAAGCCCCGGAGAGCAGCGAUUCCCUCUGCAGGUCGACGUGGUCCCUUUUCGUUAAUGCAGCCGUUCCGGUGGGAUGGGGAAGAGCUUGCUGACACCAGUAUUGCUGCACUGCAGGAUCCCAGGCACUGCAUUUCAGAACGGAGCAAAACUAUAACCCUCUAUUUCUACUUACCCCAGGCGUGGGCAGGAAAGAAACCACCUCGCAGCUCCCAAGGGAGGCAUCCAGCUGCGUGCAGAGAGCCCUGGGCAGCAACAGUGUUUCCAGAUGUGCACUACCGUAGCUACCUAUCCAUGUGUGAUACUGUGAACCUUUUUAAUUUUUUAAUCAUGUAUUUAUUUCUUUUAUCUUUGCACAGAGACAGCACAAAUGUGCUUUUUUAAACAUUUAGUUUGCUGCACUUUUUUUUUUCUUCUUCUUCGGUUGUCAUCUGUUUGUGCAUCAGAAAGGAGGGGGAGACGGCACUGGAGAAUUGGUAAGAGCACAUUGCUGGGGAGGGCAGGCACUGGAGUGGGCUCGUUGAGGCAGCAGCUGGGUCGAACCAGCUGAUGGAGUCAGGAGGUUUGAGGCUGUCCCUACGCGGCCACAGUUUUGCCAAGGCGAGUCACUUAACCACUCUGUGCCUCGGUUUCCCGUGCGCUAGUGGUGUGCAGCACCCACUUCUAUUCGAAGCACUUAAACCCCGGGAUGAAAGGUGCUAUGUAAAUGCAAUGGAUUAAACGCCCUCGAAUAGAAUUGCUCCCAUCUUCCAGCGGUCCGAAGAAGCCAUGCCAGUUGUCUUGGAUCCAGAAAUCCCAAGUGACUCCUCUUGAUCUGUAUCACUGUGUGGGGGAAGCAAACGAUCCCUGUCGGCAGUGACGCAGUAACCUCGGCGCUCCUCUGGACGGGAUGGGUCCUGCCUUCACCAACUGCCGCACUGCUGCUCACCGCUCUGCCGUGUUUGGGCUCCAGGCUUCGUCCCGCGGCUGCCUCACUGCCUGCUGCAGGCGCAGGGGCACGGGCAGGGGAGAGCUGUGCACCCCCGGGGACUCUGCCCAGCAUGGCUCGUCUGGACAGUGCACCCCACAGGAGCCACCCUGCACAUGCAUGCUCAUCAGUGUGUCCAGCUGCCCAGGACUGGGGGGAGCACUGAACGUCGGGUUCCCACCUAUCUGCUGUACUUCGGCAGCUGGGGAAGUGCCUGCGUGGCUGCACGCACUGGAGGCAGAAACAAGCCUGGCUUUGCCACCUGAUCGUGCCAGACAGUUCUGUACUCACAGACUCUGUUGGACAAACAGCUGGGUGACUGGGAUGUUGCCUGUGGUAACAUCUGCCAUUGGCAAUCACUGCUUCAGGUGUCUGGAGUUUGCUUCUCGAGGGCUGCAGGCUUUAGGAAGAGGAUUUGGUUGUCAUGGGGUAGUCUUCAGACUAGGCUGAUCCAUCUGUCCGCAGGACAGGCACCAGAGCAUUGUCCUGAACUCCAGCAGUCCCAUCCCUAUCUCCCAGAGAGAAGAAAGGAAAUCCUUUAGCCAGACAGAGCCCAGGUGUUCGUUCAUGUGCUUUAGGGGCCUCACUUGGGAAAGGGUCAAGGUCUUUGUUCUCAUCACAGUCUUCAGAACAUCCUUGGGAUUUCUUGUAGAGCAGCGGGGAAGUGAGACCCCCUCUCAGUGCACAGCCACCCAGUCUCUUCACAGCAGCACUCAGGAUGGGUUAACUCAGGUCUCAGCAGGUAACUGGGCUGGUGGGAAGCUCUUCCCCUCUGUGAUGUGCAGUUAGGAUCCUUGGUGAGGAUCAUCAUGAGUUCUCUUGCCUAGAAGUAGAGUCCAGCCUCCCCAACCCCCCACCUGCAGAUGCUGAAGGCUGGGAUGUGUGCUGCUCUCAAGAGCACAGGCUGGGGAUCUCACAAGCUGCUGCUAUUAGAUUUCUUAAUAUAUUUACCAAAUAACCCAUCAAAAAUCUUUCAAGAAACUCCCUUUUGGCUACAUGACAGCUCCUUCACUCAGCUGCUGCCACUGCUCCAUGACAGCCCCGGCAGUAGGCAGGGAGCCCACCGGGGCCCCACGGGCUGUGGUGGGUACUGCUGCAGGGAGGGCAGGGAUUGGGCAGCAGAGUGCAGUCCCUGCAGACCAACCUGCCCCCGGGCUGGCAGCAAGCGGCUUCCAAAGGCACAGGAUUCAGCCUUCAGGGCUUUUCCCUGCAUCAGUGGGACACCCUGCGUAGAAAGGCCAGAAGCAGCCACAUCUUUUAUGUGUCCUCAGAUGUUGCUCUUUGAAUACUGUGCUGGAGGAACAUAGCUCUGGGGAGGAACUUGGGAGGGUGGGCUCAGGCUGUCUGACCCAGGGCCCUCCUUGUUCACAGGCUGAUGGGUUUAGCCUUGUCAGGGCUUUACAGCCAGCUGAAAUCAAGCAUCUUGUUUUAAGAUGGUUUAAGCAUCACUGAUAGAGACUUUAUUUCUUCCCCUCAUUUUGGAGGUCUCUAAAGCUGCUUAAUCUCUGUGCAGGGAGCAUCUGAGCCCCACCUUCAUUGAGUGUCGUAGUGAAUGAACUUUGCAAGCUGCAGAUGCACUUGGUUCCAAAAGAUGUGGGGAAAUGCAGACCCUCUGCAGCAGGUUCAUUCCAAGCACUGUCUUUCCUCAGGUGUUUGGGCCUUUUGAGACAAUCCCAAUUCUGUAAUGCUGAAACUUUUGGAGGGAGUAGGUCUGGAAUGGAGGGUUGGUCAUGUGAGAAGACAUAGAGCAACUUUAUCUAUCAACAUGAGGAGACAGAAGGAACUUUCCUUUGGGGAGACACUGAUCUGAAACAGAAACUGCCCCUUCCAAGGCUCACACAUGUUCCUCGAUGUGUGUCAGCUCUGAGCUGGAGGACUGCUCACCGUUUCCCAUGGAGGAUAAAAGGACCUUGGAAUUUAAACCUUGCUCUUAGCCCCCAUCCCUGUCCUGUAUUGCAGCUGGAGGGCAGCGGGGAGCUCUGCAGCACUUCCCAAGUGCUGUCAGUGCUGCCUUUGCAGGACAUGCAGGGUCUGAGGGCAGGGCUAGGUCUUGCCCACAGGAAAACACAGCCCUUUACUAGGGGAGAAGCAUCUCCUGUCGUCUCAGUGUCCCUCCAGCUGCACUUUCAGCUCAUCUGGGACACGAGUUGCCUACUUUCUCUGUCAGUGACCCCAGCAGCUCGCUGGCAAGUGCUGUCCCAGGUGCAGCCCCCCCCCCCCCAUCACUGAAAGGAGGCACCCUGUUUCCUACGAGCAGAGCAGCCCUGCCAGCCACUUCCCACGUAGCUCCGUUAGCUACUGCUUCUCUUUGUCUUCAUCAUCCCAGCUGGGACCUUCAGCCUUGCAGGAUGUGCCCCAAGUACUGUCUGGUGCUGAGGCUGCUGGUGAGCUUGUGCCUUUGCCAACUUGCCGGUGGCUGCAGCACGGGUUUGGGAGGAGAAAAUGGGCAUCUCUCCCCAAUUGCCACCAAGCUCCUAUAGGCAGGUGUGUGUAGAGCAGAGGCAAGGAGCAAACCCAGGAGCUGGUGUAGAGAUCCUUGAAUGCUCACACGAGGGAUCCAGCUUUUGGCUGGUGGUGGCUCUGUGAGCAGCGGGGGCUGCCUGUGCCCAGACUGUGCUUUGGGAAGUGUUUUCAGUGACGCCGAAGCUCUCGCAGGUCCAGCCGGGAGCUGUCACAAACUCAGCGGCAGUCGCAGGGGCUCCGCCGCCCAGCCCAGCGUCUGCAUCUCCAGCCACCGCUGUGCUCCAGCUCUUUGCAAACGGCCUGGGGCUAGGCGUGCCGGAUCGUGCCUGGGUUCUCUAUGGGUGGAUGUCUAUGUUAGACCCGAGUAUGUUCUCUCGGUUGUUCAUAUCCCGCUCAUUGCCGUGUCCGCUCUGCCUGCACCGUGUAACGAAUGUACGGAAGUGGGGGGCGCGGGGGCUGGCGGCCGGAAUGGGAUGUCAAGCCAGGGCUGUGCUCGUGUUUCUCUUGUUUGUUUUUCUUUUUUUUCCUCGGAGUGGGAAGGUGGUGGAGUGGUGGUCGGGAUUCAGUCAUAAGCGCUUGCUUUCUUUCUUUCUUUUCUGUGGUUCUGGGGGGGUUCCCUCUCCCGCUUCGGGGAGCCCUUGUUCCAGAGAGCUGUAACUGCCGCCGUGUGUCCAGCUCUGUGAUAAAGCAUUCUGUGUCUGUGCCGUG